AUGAGUGGCGGCGGGUGGAAUACUAUCGAGUCUGACGCGGGCGUCUUCACAUCGCUCGUCGAGAGCCUCGGCGUAAAGGGCGUGCAGUUCGAGGAGCUGCUCACCCUCGAGGCGUGCGAGCUUGCGGCCCUGCAGCCGCUGCACGGCCUCAUCUUCCUCUUCAAGUACCCGACCGACAGGCCGUACGCGACGCCGGACGGGCCCCUCGACGGCUCCUUCGACCACGCCGCCUCGCAGGACAUGUUCUUCGCCGCGCAGACGAUCCAGAACGCGUGCGCCACGCAAGCCCUGCUCAGCGUCCUGCUCAACCAGGCCGACCAGGUCGACGUCGGGCCCCAGCUGCGCGAGUUCCGCGACUUCACCAUGGCCCUGCCCCCCGAGUUCCGCGGCGAGGCCUUGAGCAACUCGGACCUGAUCAGGGGGGUGCACAACAGCUUCGCCAGGAGCAGCCCCUUUGCCGACGAGACGCGCAGGACCGGCGAGGCGGAGGAUGCCUUCCACUUCAUCGCCUACACGCCCGUCCGAGGCGCCCUGUACGAGCUGGACGGCCUGCAGCCGGCGCCCAUCGCCCACGGGCCGUGCGACCGGGACUCGUUCCCCGCCAGGGUCGUCGAGGUCCUGCGCCGCCGCAUAGCCCGGUACGAGGCGACCGAGAUCCGCUUCAACCUGCUCGCCAUGUGCCGCGACCUGCGGGUUCGCGCGCGCGACUUUGGCGACCAUGACCUGCUGGCCAGGGAGGAGAGGAAGCGCCAAGAGUGGCACUUUGAGAAUGCCCUUCGGAGGCACAACUUUGUCGGCUUCGCCGGAGAGGUUCUCAAGGGCGUGGUCGCUGCCAAGCUCAGCCAGGGUGGGGAUGCCGCAGUCGACAGGUGGAUUGACCAGAGUCUGGAGCGGCGGGAAAGAGCCGAGGCGCCGUUUCAAGCAAAGGAUGAGGGAGACGUGGACACGAAAAUGGGGUCAUGA